UCGAGAGGUCACGGUUCCUUUUCAUCUGGAUCAUAAUCCCCAUCGACAUCACAUCACACCAUUUCUAGAGAGAUAAAACUCCCACUUCUACAGAAAGAGAGAGAGAGAAGAAAAAGAUGAAAAAAACCAAUCUUUCCAUCUGGCUUUUUACUAAUUUCAUUUCUCACUCUAAUUUCUGUUCAAAGUUUGUGGCUUAGGGUUUGAGGAGAGAGAAAGUGCAGCCUUUUCUUCUGCUCUGAAUAUUUUCAGAAUCUCUUCCCUUUACUUUGUUUUUUUUCUUUUCUCCAACUUUUUCCAUUUCAUAAUUCAAAAAACACCACCAUAAAGUUGUCACCUUUCUCAAACAAAAAACAAAACCAGAUUUCAAAGUCCUCACCUUUCAUCAUUUUUCUCCAAAACAAGCUUACUUUACUCCCAAAAUGUCAUCAUUUCUUCCCACCUCCACUCUCACAUUUUUCCUCCUCCUCCUCCUCUUAUUAAUAUCCAGCUUUCAUAUUUCCCUCGCCGGUCUACUCGCCGAACCAGUGACCGGUCACCCCCAGCCGCUCAAACCGGGGGAAUACUCCAGCCCCAACACCAUCCCGGCCCUCCCGUCCCAAACCCAGACCCAAACCUGCCACCUCGACCUCUCCGCGGAGCUCUUCGGCGGCGUCAGCCAAGCAUGCGGCCGAGACCUCGACCGGAGCCGGUGCUGCCCUGUUUUAGCCGCCUGGCUCUUCGCCGCCCACGCCGGAUCAGCCCUCGAGCUCCCCUCGUCGGAUACGGCUCCGUCGGCGGUGCCCGACCAGCCGAUGAUGCCGGACGACUCGCAGAAGUGCGUCAACUCGCUGCAGUCCUCGCUCGUCAGCCGGAACAUUAGGAUUCCUCAGCCCAACGCCAGCUGCGACGCGGUUCUGUGCUUCUGCGGAAUCCGGCUCCACCAGAUCGGCUCCUUGAGCUGCCCCGCCGCCUUCAACGUGUCGCGAGGAUUUCACAACGCCACCCCCACCGCCGCCGUCAGGAAUCUCGAGAAGAACUGUCGCAACUCUUCGUACUCUGGAUGCACCAAGUGCCUGGGCGCUCUCCAGAAGCUCAAGGGAGGGAGCAAGAACGGAACGGCGGGGGACAGGAGCACGAGCGAGAGAGCGAACAAGAUGUUCAACCUUGACUGCCAGCUAAUGGGGCUGACAUGGCUCCUCGCCCGGAACAAAACGGCGUACAUUCCGACCGUUUCGGCCGUGCUGCGCGCCAUAAUGUACAGCGCGCACCCGCCGCACGAGAACACGUGUAGCCCGGACCAGGAGAACAUGCCGCUGGCCGUGGAUUCGCUGCAGAUCGAGAACGGGCAAGGUUUCGCCGCAUCGCCGCCGUCCAUCUUGUUGUUACCGAUUCUCCCUCUGAUCAUUUGGGCGUCUCUGUUUGUUUAGGGGAAUCCGGGUGUGUGAGGUUUUGCCCAUUUUUUGGGUAGUCCCUGACACCCUGUCGUGUCGGGUCACGUGACGCAAGUGGACAAGACGGGGCUGUUGGGUUGUUUUUGUCAUUUUGCCCCCUGUAGAUUUCAGCUCGGUUUCGAAAUUGUAGUCAAAAUUGUAGUGAGUAAUAAUUCGUUCCUCACAUGGGGAGAGAUUCACUUCCAA